UGUAAACACAUCUCCAGGAAGCUAUUUCGUUUGGAUUUAGGAAAAAUGAAGCCGAUUUGUAAAGUUUUGGCGAUUUUCGUCUCUACGAUCGUUGUCGUAUCUGGACAAAACCCUCGCGUAAAUGUCACUGAAGGAAAUCUGGUGGGAAAGACCGUCCAGUUCAGUGAGAACCAGUUUAUCAACGUGACCAAAAAUGUCGAUAUGUUUCUAGGCGUUCCAUUCGCUAGUCCUCCGACGCGGUUCGCUCCUCCAGAGCCCAUGACGCCUUGGGAAGGUGAUCGGAAUGCCACGGAGUUUUCACCAGCCUGUCAACAAGUUCCUCAACCGUUGUCCUACCCAGUUUUAUCUGAAGAUUGUCUGUACUUGAAUGUCUACACACCCAGUCCUAAGCAAUCAGGGAUACCUGUCAUGGUAUGGAUACAUGGAGGAGGGUUUACAUCUGGUUCGGCUAUGGACUACGAUUUCUACGGAGUUCCAUUGGUUGCUGUUGGUGAUGUCAUAGUAGUAACCAUCAACUACCGCCUGGCGAUCUUCGCUCAGUUUUCAACCGAGGAUGAAGAAUCUCCCGGGAACUAUGGCAUGUUGGAUCAAGUUGCUGCUUUGGAAUGGGUGUACAACAACAUCGAAGCAUUCGGUGGUGAUAAAAACAGAAUCACCAUCUUUGGAGAAAGUUCAGGAUCAGCGAGCGUUAGUUUCCAUCUCGUCUCCAAACUCAGCAGACAAUUUUUCAAUCAAGCAAUACAUCAGAGUGGAACAGUGUUCAGACCAUGGGCUUUCAAAGAUGAUCCAGUCGCGGAGCUCGAGAAAGCUCAAGAACUUGGACGAGAGAUGGGUUGUGAAGAUAGGUCUCUUCCUCUGCUUUGGUUUCCUGCCUUCGAAAUGCAAACGCCGUGGAACUGAG